AUGAACGGGGCUGACCCCCCCGAUAGCAACAGGUUUCGCUUGCUCGAUCCUGACUUAUCGCUACCCAAAAAACGCAUUAAAGUCAAUGAUUUUGUUCCUCUCCCGGAGAUAAAACAAAACGAUGACCAUAUUCCUCGUUUUCUAAUCGCCCGUGCUACGGGACCUACCAUCGAAGAAAAAAUCCGCCCCUUAUCUUCAUAUAACGUCUUUCAAAUUGAAAGAGGCCUAAAACACAUAUGCGCUGACAGCAUUGUAGUUACUGAACUGAGGUCCGGUGACCUGUUGAUCAAAACCACAAAUGCAAAAGCAGCCGACCGUUUCAUGAAAGCCACUCACAUAGGUAUAAUACCUGUGAAAAUAACGUCACACAAGGGCCUUAAUACUAUUCAAGGACGCAUUUAUUCGAAAAAUCUGAUCGAUAUUUCCGAGAAAGAACUGACAGAAGAACUAUCCAGUCAAAAGGUUGUCGAAGUAAGGAAAGUAAUGCGUAAAUCAGGCGACCGUUUAGUUCCAACAGGCGCUGCUAUCUUAACAUUCGACCUAAUUCGCAGACCAGACAUCAUAAAACUCGGUUGGGAGAGAGUCCGUGUCCAGGAAUACAUCCCGAAUCCCAUGAGAUGUCGCAAUUGUCAACGUCUCGGUCACACAAAGAAUAGAUGCCGGAACACAGAACUCUGCAAAGAAUGUGCCAAUACAACACCACAUGAAACAUGUCAGAGGACUUUCUGCAUUAACUGUGAAAAUGAAGCUCACCCUUCAUACGAUCCUAGCUGUCCUACAUUCCUGAAGCAUAAAUCAGUCAAUAAAAUAAAAAUCGACCGUCGAUGCACAAUUAGAGAUGCGUGGAAAAUUUUCAAUAGCAACCCAGCAGCAUUUCAAAUCCAACCCUUCAAAAAGAAUAUUAAUACGCCGUCCAUGGCACAGAUCGUUAAAAACAAUAAGCCCGCUACAAAUGAAAUAGAUAGGAAUAACAAAGAAGAUAAUAAUGCACAGAAUUCAACAACAAAGAAACCCAACAAAUAUCAAGAAAAAUACAUAAGCAACGGAACAUCUAACAAACAAAAGCAGAAUACGUACACCAGCAACAAGGAGUUUUUGCAGAAAAAUGUAGAAGAAACCACACCAAAAAGAAAACAACCAUCAAAACCAACUAACACAGACACAACUAUUCAAGCAUCAACUUCUAAUAGCACUACUACAACCAAUGGCACGCCAACAGGCAAUUUUACCCACUCAACAACAAAUGAAACAGAAACAUCACCUUACAGCCAAUUAUACAAAAAAUUUCCUGACCUUAAUGUCCUGAUCACCCCAAAAACAUUCACACAUACUUGUCCCCAACGCAACAUACCCAGCGAACCAGAGGAAACCGAUAUUACAGACUACGACUUACACCUGUCAUAA